CUCUCUCUCUGUCUCUCACAUACACGCUCUCGUCCCUCGCCACUUUCUCCAGCCAAGAAGCCAGCUUUGCCUCCCCAGCUUUACUCUACAAGCAUGUCCUCAGACGUGCAGCCGUGUGAUGAAGCGAACCAACUGACUUCCAGAGAGCACCGGAUGAAGGUAACCCGCUGCACGAGUAGCAGAAAAGCCUGAGAGCAGGGCACCCCAAGCUGACCCCAUCCGGAGACUUCUUCCUGGGCUGAACACAAUGGAGACUGUUUGACAGUGGAAGUGGAGGUUUACUGUACAGUAGCUCAGCUGGAGUUCCUCACCCCUUCAUGACAUGCAGUGAGCCAAUGCCACUAACAGGUGCAAAGGCGAUUCAAAGCCUGAACUCCAACUGAAUAGAAGAACAUCCCCAAGACCAGAUGCAAUGGAGAUGUUCAAUUUCACCAACUUCACCUACUGGAAUGCCUCAGAAGGCACUGACGCAGGGCCUGUCACUGAACCCGAAAGCCCAUACAAGACUGUGGAGGUGGUGUUCAUCGUAUUGGUGGCUGGGUCCCUCAGCCUGGUCACCGUUAUUGGAAAUAUCCUGGUCAUGCUUUCCAUUAAGGUCAAUAGGAACCUACAGACUGUCAACAACUACUUUUUAUUCAGCCUUGCAUGUGCUGACCUAAUCAUCGGGCUGUGUUCCAUGAACUUGUAUACAGUAUACAUAGUGAUUGGCUACUGGCCCUUAGGGCCUGUGGUGUGUGAUCUGUGGCUAGCCUUGGACUAUGUAGUGAGUAACGCAUCUGUCAUGAACCUACUCAUCAUCAGUUUUGACAGAUACUUCUGUGUCACAAAGCCCCUCAGCUACCCUGUCAAAAGGACCACCAAGAUGGCAGGGAUGAUGAUUGCUGCUGCCUGGGUCCUGUCCUUCAUUCUGUGGGCCCCGGCCAUCCUUUUCUGGCAGUUCAUCGUGGGCGGGCGGACAGUGCCUGAGAGGGAGUGUUACAUUCAGUUCUUCUCUAAUGCAGCAGUCACCUUCGGCACAGCCAUCGCAGCCUUCUACCUGCCCGUUAUCAUCAUGGUCAUUCUCUACAUACAGAUCUCUAUAGCCAGUAAAAGCCGGGUGAAGAAAGAGACCAGGAAGCCGUCAGGGCCCAACCCAGAGGCCCUGUCCCACGAGCAGGCAAGGUGCAGUAAUCCUGCCAAGCCCAUCAACAACAACGUGACAGCAGAGGACACAGAGCAGGGCAGGACCGAAGCCAUAGAUGACGUGGCCAACCAGCACGACGGUAAACUGCAGAACGGCAAGGGCCCGUCCACCACGGGUGGAGAGGGGGAGAUGGAGGGUGUGGACAGGGGUAGGGAGAACUGUGCCCACGGAGAGGAGAAAGAGAGCUCCAACGACUCGACAUCUGGCAGUGCAGCGGCGUCCAACCACAAAGAAGAAGAAGCGGUGCCAUCCAGAGCAAACUGCAACACCGAGCUCGUUCAGCAACCAACCCGCCACCGGGCCAAGGCAGGCGGCUCCAAACUCACCUGCAUCAAGAUUAAGACCAAGUCUCCCAAGGGGGACUGCUACACGCCCUCCAACGCCACGGUGGAGAUCGUCCCCGCCACGGAGAAGCAGAACCACGUGGCGCGGAAAAUCGUGAAGAUGACCAAGCAGCCGCCCAAGAAGAAGAAAGCGCCACCGUCUCGGGAGAAGAAGGUGACCCGUACCAUCAUGGCCAUCCUGGUGGCCUUUGUGGCCACCUGGACCCCUUACAAUGUCAUGGUGCUCAUCAACACCUUCUGCUCCAGCUGCAUCCCCAGUACAGUCUGGACUAUCGGCUACUGGCUGUGCUACAUCAACAGCACCAUCAACCCCGCCUGCUAUGCCCUCUGCAAUGUCACUUUCAAAAAGACAUUCAAACAUCUCCUCCUCUGCCAAUACAAAAACAUUAGGUCAGCUAGAUGAAUAUGGAUGCGAGUGUGGAUGUGAGUGUGUGAGCAUGUGUGUGUGUGUGUGUGUGUGUGUGUGUGUGUGUGUGUGUGUGUGUGUGUGUGUGUGUGUGUGCGUGUGUGUGUGCGUGUGCGUGUGCGUGUGUGUGUGUGUGUGUGUGUGUGUGUGUGUGUGUGAGAGAGAGAGAGAGAGAGACGUUUAUGAUGUGGUCCCUUUCCUUUGUUUUUACGCUACGGCUCAUAAGAGAACUUGUAUCCUGCAGCCAUGUUGGGUUUGGCUCUGAUGAAUGAGAUUUGUGAUGCAACUGUUGAGACAUAAGACUUACAAAGAAGCGCACAGCCAGGAGAACAAAUAGACCGAACAUGAAAAGGACAGUUGGAUAGAGAGCUCUGCACUGCACAAGACGAAUUCUAAGGGAAAAUAGGGCUGACUGAAUUCAUGUACUUCCCGUUUGAAAUUCAGUGUCAAAAAAAGAAACCUGUAUAUAUCAAUGUAUACGCAAAAUCUAAGUGUGUGUGUGUGUGUGUGUGUGUGUGUGUGUGUGUGUGUGUGUGUGUGUGUGUGUGUGUGUGUGUGUGUGUGUGU